AUGAGCAACUAUGCCCAGAUUAAUGAGGGGAUAAAUAUCGAAUUGUCUAAAUGUUUAGAAAGCUUAACUGCAACAGUUACUACAUUAAAAAAUUUAGAAACUUCUAUUCAAAAUGACAAAUGCUUUAUGGCCUAUAAAACACACAGAGUUUUCCAAUUAUUACCUGAAUUUGACGUGCACAAGGCAAAACUAGAUGCUAUUGAGACAAUAGAUCCUUUGGUUAACAAAAUUGAAAGUAAAAUUGAACAAGCCUUGAAUAGAUUAGAAAGAGAAAGAAUUACACUACAGCAAACUUAUGAAUUAAAUAAAUUACGUACCAAUACCAAUACGAAAAACAACGACCCUGGUAGUAAUAAUAUCGCUAACACUGUUAUAAUGAGUUCCUCAACGCCACAAGAGUUGGCCAAACUAAAAGAAUUAAAAGCAGAACGGGAAAAAUUACUCAAAGAUCUACAAGAUUUGAAUAAUGAUUAG